AUGCGAACGACUCGUGUAGUUAUUCCUAUCACGAGCAGAAUUCACCUCUCGAGGGCAACAGUUCUGCAGCGAAGGGUCUCAUUUAUCUGGAACGCGCUUGGAGGAAACAUCGCCAAGCAUAUACAUCCAGCGGUAUGGGUGGACACUGUGAAGAAGUCCUCCCUUUGUGAGUUGCAGAUUAUUAACUCCGAGUACUAUGCCCCCUUGAACUACCCCCGAACCCUGGAUGAAGCCAAGGAGCGUCUCCGCGUACAAGCAGAACACACCGCCCAGUAUGCCAGUGCUCUGGCGGAAGACUUCCAGCGCAAAGCCGAGCAGUUUGAAAUGUCCGGUUUAUCGAACGAGGAAUUCGAGGAAGAAAUUGACAAGAUGGGUCAAGAAGCAAGGGAGGACAUCAAUAGACAUAUAGAAGAAACCACUAAAUAUCUGAAGGCUUUCAUGAGGCACAUCUCUAGGACAGAAAUGGGAGAGGCAAGAAGGCGGCUGUUGAUGGAUUGUGCCAAAGAGGCUUUUCAUGCCGCGUGGAAAGCUCUCGACUGCUUCCUCUUGAUCUGUGUGGAGAUUCAACAGAGACUAUUGGGGGUUGUAGAAGAAUCACAAUGGGUGGCUCAGGCAACUAGAUGGUCGGUUAGGCGCGCUCUCUCUCAUAUACGGCAGGUCCUCCAGGAGGAUGUUCACUCGAUAUAUGGUUGGUGA